AUGAAACCACUGGGACGUCCUUGUUGGAGUUACGGUAGACGUGCCCACCUCAGAAAUUGUCUUGAAAAGUUAAAAGAAAUGGUACCUCUUGGCCAUGAUACUUCAAGACACACCACUCUUGGUCUCUUAACCAAAGCGAAACGGUUUAUUAAGAGCUUGGAGCAGCAAGAACGGCGAGCAGCUGUUCAGAAGGAACACCUUCAACGGGAACAUAGGUUUUUACGAAGGCGGUUUGACUCGCUGUAUGGUGCAUCGAAGCGGAGAUCUGUCUCAGAAUCUUCAGUGUCGACUGUGUCAAGCACCCACUCCUCCUUCAGCACAGUCUCCUCCUUUCCUCCGUUUUCGUCCCCUUCAUCAAUUUCUGAAUCAGAUGAAGUUGAUGUUAUAGGCUAUACAAGUAACCAGAGUGAUAGUGAUGACCACGGGUCUGUGCAAUCAAUGUCUAGUGACUCAGGAGUUGCCAUGUCGACGAGCCGCCUCUCCCUCGCCGAAGUCCACCGUUCCAUCUAG